UCAAAAUCUCACACAACAGCUUCUGUUUCGACUCCAUGUCCCGAUGUCACUUCACUUUGUCUUUGGCCAGUUCGGGCUGCUGCUGUCUUCAGCGUGAAUUAAUCCUUUCAGACUGUUUGUGUGGAACGCUAAACUCCCCAAACUUGUCAUGUAAUAGCACAGUCAUCGGUGUAUGCCACCAAAUAUUUACCUUCUCCACAACACACAUCGAGCAGAAUUCUAUGAAUAUCCGCACUGGUGAAAAUGGGUAACAGCCAUCAAGUCUUCACAGAAGUUGAACUGGAGGAAUAUCAGGACUGCACGUUUUUCACUCGCAAAGAAGUACUCCAUGUGUAUAAACGGUUUUCGCAGCUCAGUGACAGAGUGGCUACUGACGGCCGGGCAGUGCAGCUGAGUCAGGAGGAAAUUUCCGACAUGCCCGAACUGAUGGAAAAUCCGUUUAAGGACCGCAUCUGUGCCGUGUUCUCAGACUAUGGUGAUGGUCAGCUGACCUUCGACAACUUUCUAGAUCUGUUCUCAGUGUUCAGUGAAGGGGCUCCCAGGGAUGUCAAGGCUGCGUAUGCUUUCAAAAUCUACGAUUUUGAUAAUGAUGGGUGGCUGGGACGGCAUGACAUUGGCUGCACCAUACGCUGUUUGACAGGAGAAGACCACCUCACACAGAGAGAGAUCGACGAUGUCACCAAUAAAGUGCUGGAGGAAUCAGAUCUCGACGGUGAUGGUCGUUUGUCUUUUGUGGAAUUUGAACACGUCAUCUCAAGAGCACCGGACUUUAUCAAUACAUUUCAUAUCCGAAUCUAAACCUGGCGGGUCCAACUGGACAGCUGGUCUGUUUGCUUGACUCUCAUCAUCACCUCCUAUCUUGACGCUCUUCCUCAAGACAAGUACUAGUUAGAAAUACUGUGUACUGUAAUGGCAUGCUGAAAUACAAAACAUUCCUGUAAGAAUAAUUCAUGGUUCUGUCUCACGAAACAUUUCAACUUCAACAAUGUAACGUUUAUCAUAUUGUUAAAUAUUUUUUUACGUUUACUGUGUUUUACGUGUGUUUUUGCAUGUAUCAGGGUGGUGAGUCUCGUUGUGCCCACCUGCUACUUUUUUUUUAACCGUUCAUGACAAAAAUACAAAAGUCGGACCUCGAAUUGCUUUCAUAUUAUUUUUGUUCAUAUGCCGUUGUAUUCACAUAAUAAUUAUUUUUAAUUGUAUAAUGUACAUAUUUUUGCGAACACUGGCACAGCGACUGCCUCUGCCAUAUUGGUGCUGGGGCAGGUUAGUCAUA